ACAUCUACUGUUCCUACCACCACGAACAAUACUCCUUCUACAACAACUACUGUUGCUACCACCACUAGCAGUACUCCUUCACCAACAUCUACUGUUCCUACUACCACGAGCAGUACUCCUUCAACAACCACUACUGUUCUUACCACCACUAGCAGUACUCCUUCAACAACAUCUACUGUUCCUACCACCACGAGCAGUACUCCUUCAACAACAACUACUGUUCCUACCACCACUAGCAAUACUCCUUCAACAACAUCUACUAUUCCUACCACCACAAGUAGUACUCCUUCAACAUCUACUGUUCCUUCCACCACAACCACUACCCCUUCAACAAGCUCUACUGUUCCUUCCACCACUAGUACUAUGCCUUCAACAACCUCUACUGCUAAUACCACCACUAGCAGUACUCCUUCAACAACCACUACUGUUCUUGCCACCACUAGCAGUACUCCUUCAACAACAUCUACUGUUCCUACCACAACUAGCAACACGCCUUCAACCUCUACUGUUCUUACCACCACUACCACUACCCCUUCAACAACCUCUGCUACCACCACUAGUACUAUGCCUUCAACAACCUCUACUGCUACUACCACCACUAGCAGUACUCCUUCAACAACCACUACUGUUCUUACCACCACUAGCAGUACUCCUUCAACAACAUCUACUGUUCCUACCACCACGAGCAGUACUCCUUCAACAACAACUACUGUUCCUACCACCACUAGCAGUACUCCUUCAACAACAUCUACUGUUCCUACCACCACGAGCAGUACUCCUUCAACAACCACUACUGUUCUUACCACCACUAGCAGUACUCCUUCAACAACAUCUACUGUUCCUACCACCACGAGCAGUACUCCUUCAACAACCACUACUGUUCUUACCACUAGUAGCAGUACUCCUUCAACAACCACUACUGUUCUUACCACUAGUAGCAGUACUCCUUCAACAACCACUACUGUUCCUACCACCACGAGCAGUACUCCUUCAACAUCUACUGUUCCUGCCACAACUAGCAACACGCCUUCAACCUCUACUGUUCUUACCCCCACUACUACUAUCCCUUCAACAACCUCUACUGUUCCUUCCACCACUAGUACUAUGCCUUCAACAACCUCUACUGCUACUACCACCACUAGCAGUACUCCUUCCACAACCACUACUGUUCUUACCACUAGUAGCAGUACUCCUUCAACAACCACUACUGUUCUUACCACCACUAGCAGUACUCCUUCAACAACAUCUACUGUUCCUACCACUACGAGCAGUACUCCUUCAACAACAACUACUGUUCCUACCACCACUAGCAGUACUCCUUCAACAACAUCUACUGUUCCUACCACAACUAGCAACACGCCUUCAACCUCUACUGUUCUUACCACCACUACUACUACCCCUUCAACAACCUCUACUGUUCCUUCCACCACUAGUACUAUGCCUUCAACAACCUCUACUGCUACUACCACCACU